AGCCAGCAUCCGUAUCAGUGUCGCUUAAGUUUUCGUACAAUAUAAGCGUGUGUUGCUUUUUUUUAACGGUUUAACAAUGUUUUGGAUUAAUUUAAAUUUAUUCUUUUUUAUGACACUUUGCAAUUAUGCGACAGCAAAAGUUGCGCCCGACUACAUAAAACCUUGCCCAGGGCUAAAAACUGAGUGUUUGAAGCCGAAUAUUCUAGAAACAAUUCCCUUGUUUGUAAAGGGCAUCCCUAGCUUAGGUAUAAACUCGUCGGAUCCUCUGUACCAGGAAAAAGUGGAUUUGGAGCUACCCGGAGGCUUACAGAUACACUUUCGAGACGGUAUGUUAACUGGAUUCAGAAAAUGUGUGGUGGAAUCUGUAAGUAACUUAGAUCUGGAGGCGAACCUUUCAUUGCGUUGUAAUCUGACCGUAAAAGGAAAGUACACAGCGACUGGAAGAAUUUUGAUUGUUAGCAUUAAUGGAGAUGGGGAUGCUAAAAUAAAAACACCCAAUAUCCGAUUUGAUUCAAAACUAAUAUUCCAAGAUGUGGUGCGUGAUGGUGUUGAAUACAGAAUUGUGAAGGAUUACAAAGUGAAGUACCAGUUUGGGGAAAAAGUUACGUUUGCAUUCACUAAUUUGUUUAAGGGAAACCCUCAAUUAAGUGAAACUGUUUUGCUGUUUCUGAAUGAAAAUUGGAAGCAAGUUGUGGACGAAUUUGGCAAACCAGUAGUCGAUACAAUCAUCAAAGCGACGUUUGAUAACAUUAAACGAUUUUUCGAUAAAAUUCCGAAAAAUGAGCUUUUUGUUGAUUAAAUUUUUUCUUUUGUAUUUUUAACUUGACUAUUACCGCCUUAAAUAUAUAGUAUUCUGUGAUUUUAAUCUGAUUUUAAAUCUUGUGUCUGAGCCUUAUAUUAUGGUAAGUUGAAUAAAUUCUAGCAGUGUGUUAGCACUCCUUCUGUAUAGCCUACUGCGGGAAACGUAUCUACAGUGCUGUAUUGUAGAAAUCGUAAACCUUAAUUUUAAAUAUAUUUAAAUGUAAAUGUACUUUCCAAUUUUUAUUUAUACAAUUUUGUAUAAUGGAAUCGCAGCUAGCAAUUAUGUUUAGAAAUAUUAAAUUACCUGUAAAAAUGAA